GAGCCGCACAGUAAAUAUUUGUAUUAGCCGGAGCCGGCUCGCUAAUGGUGGACGCGUGAGGCGAAGGAGCGCGCGGCGGCGGGAGGCCGGAGCGGGCAGGCGGCGGAGGCGCCAUGUCCGUGAACAUGGACGAGCUGAAGCACCAGGUCAUGAUCAACCAGUUCGUGCUGACGGCCGGCUGCGCAGCCGACCAGGCGAAGCAGCUGUUGCAGGCGGCCCACUGGCAGUUCGAGACGGCCCUCAGCGCCUUUUUCCAAGAGACCAACAUCCCCUACAGCCACCAUCACCACCAGAUGAUGUGCACUCCAGCCAACACCCCCGCCACGCCCCCCAACUUCCCUGAUGCCCUCACCAUGUUCUCCCGUCUCAAGGCCUCUGAGAGCUUCCACAGCGGAGGCAGCGGCAGCCCAAUGGCUGCCACGGCCACGUCGCCCCCGCCGCAUUUCCCACUCGCCGCCACCGGCAGCUUCGCGGCACCCAGCUGGCCGGCUGCGGCCUCGCCCCCAGGGGGGGCACAGCACCACCAGCCACAGCAGCCGCCCCUGUGGACUCCGGCACCCCCUUCCCCGGCGUCAGACUGGCCACCCCUGGUCCCCCAACAGGCCGCCUCAGAACCCAGAGCCCACCCUGCCAUGGAGGCCGAGAGAUAAGGGAGGCCCCUCCCCCCUCCCGGAGGCCAGAACCCCGUGGGGCGGGGGAGAGGACGUCUCUGCGGGCCCCCUACACCCUCCUCUGUCUGCACCCCCAUUCCCCAGAGCCCUGGGGGAGAGAGACCGGACCCUUGUGCCAGUACACAGGGUGCCCGCAUGCGUACCCAGUGGCGCGGGCCUGCGGCACCCAGCUUUCAUGGAUUUGGUUCAGAGUCGUCUGGGUGCUGGUGGACAGAACCUCAGAGAACAAGCAGCCUUCCCCGAGGACUCACCCGCCCCACCCCACCCCAGGGGGCUGCGGAGCUCCCUGAGGCUGGUGGGCCUAGAUCCCCACCCUCGGGAAUGCAGAGCCUUCUCCGCAUGUGUGCGUGUCGCUGUGUCUGUGUAUUUAUGUGUAUGUCGCUCUUCGAGAAGCAACCUAGUUUAUGGGGCAGCUGGACUUUGCAUGUUAGAGUGAGCCCCCUCUCCCCUUGUCCGCCGUCCCUCUCCCCAGGGCCCUGCCCCUCUCCCCUGCCCCCUGGGCAGUCAGCCUUGCUGUUCCCUGCAGAGAAAAGGAUUGUGGGAAACUCCAGGACUCUUCCCACCCAUCCCCCAGCGCCUGCCUGCUGGGGCUGCCUGCAUGCCUCCCCAGAGCCCAGGGGUACCCCAUCCCCAGUUCCUUUCCCCCUUUUAACAAAGGAGAAGAAAGAGUUCCAAACCACCACCAGGCUCUGUGGUCUUGCCUCUUAUCCUAAGCUUUGCUGCCAGCUGGCCCUGUGUGGAGGGGGAGGGAGCCAACGGAGCCCAGAGCAGGGGCCCACCCCCCAGUCCCGCCUGGCUCCACACCGCUCCUGUCUGUUGCUGUCUUUUCAACCACAACAUGCUCUGGAAUCUUCCUGCCCACCCCAGCCUUUUCCCAUGAAGUUAGUUCCUGCCCUGUGUUCCCAGAACCCCUGCCUCCGUCUGCUCACCCUUCCCCCUGUCCGACUGGACAGAUCCUGACCUCCAGGGCUAACAGCUGCCUUCCGGUCUGCCUGGGUUUCACAGAGGACUUUUCUUCCUGGCUUAGGGCCCCAAUGACUGGCUGCAGGCUGGACCCUCAGCCCAACCUCCAGCAAACAUGCUUUGUGGGCAGGGCCUCACUUGGGGAGGCACAGGCCACAGCACCCGUAGUAAGAUAGCAGGCUUGGAUGCAGAGCCCGUGGGGGCUAGCAGCAGGGACCGAACAAGGCUGAGCAGAGUCUAACCCGCAGCUCAGACCUUUGGUUGCUAAGGAAACGAACCACUCGGGCAACAGGCCGUGGAUCCCCGGCUGCUACCAAGCCAGGCUGGGGCAAGCACCUGUUCUUGCUCCAAGGGAGAAGCCAGGGCGCCCCACUUUGUCCUGGGCAGCCUGUACCAGUGGAGGGCAUCGCUGGAGCAGCUUUGGGAGAAGCUAGUCUUGGCCUUGUACCCCUUCCUGAGGAGCUGGAACGUGGGGAAGUAAGGAGGCGGGGGCCUCUGCAGCUCUUCACUGGCAGACCUUACUCCCUAAUCCAGGAGAGCCUGCCAGCACUCAGCCCUCUGUGGACAGUGUCUGGGUUGGGGAGUUCUAUUUUGGAAGGUCUACUGCUUGACAGGUGUCUCAGCACUUGCCAUCAACAGUCCUCUUGCUCACCAGGGUUACCAUGCUGCCACCCAGCCUCACCUCUGCCCUGCUGGAGCCUGGACAGGCUCUGCGGACCACUGUCUGUCCCCGUUUAUCACUGAAGACUGACCGCAGCGCCCUUGCUCUAGCUGUUGGUUAUGUCCUGGAAGUGUGUCCUCACCUUGAAGCCCACCCUUCUAAUGGCCUUCAGAGGGGGCGCAGCUCUGCCUGGGGUGCCUGUGGUGAGGGGAUUGUGGAAUGGGGCAGGAUGAGAAGGGGGAGGCUGCCCUAGGCCUCCUCAAUCUUUACUGCAGCUUCUUCAUCCUUUUGGAUGGAAGACAAUUCUCAGGGAGCUGCCACAUCUCUCUCCAAGUGUAGGAAAAAUGGUUUGUAGAGGCAAGUAAGUAUUUGGGGGUUCUCUGUAACAUGGGGGUUAUCUGUAACUGUGUGCCUGAGCUCCCCAGUGCGCAAAUUACUGAGGUGGCCGUAUGCGUUGGAGCCGCACAAGACGGUAUACAGUCCAGACUCUGCACUCAGGCUACCCCCAGGUGGGCCCCUGCGUGGUCUGUAAGUGAUUCACACCCUUGCUACUCAAAGUGUGGUUCCCAGACCAGCGGCAUCACCUGGGAACUUGUUAGAGAUGCAGGACCUCAGCCCCCAGCCCAGAUCUACUGAAACAGAAUCUGCUUCUGACAGGAUCCUCACGUGCCCAGUGGACAUUCAAGGGUGAGAAUGUCCCAACCUGACCAAGCCCAGUUGUUUCUGGGGGCCACCACAGGCCGGGCCUGGAGGUCUCUGGUGGUCUCAUUAGGGCUGGGAGGGACUUGAGGUUCCUGUAGACCCAGCUCUUUCAGCGUGGGCACUCUAGACAUCAGAGGCUGGGUCCUCUGCCACGGGCACAUCCUGUGUGCUGUGAGAUGUUGAGCAGUAUCCCUGGCCCCUUCCCGUGAGUAGCUGCCAGUAGCAGCCCCCUGUUGUGACAACCAAAAGUGUCUAUAGGCACAGUGAAACAUCCCCUGGAAGCAAAGUCGCCCCAGUGGAGAGAUCCCACUCUGCCUGUGGUUCUGUAGCUGGCUGCAAAGCAUGGCCUCCAGGGAGCUCCCAGGCCCCACGGCAUCAGAAUCCCCGGGGAGGUCCUGACAGUACAGUUUUAAACAUUCCCCAGGAUAUCAAUGGUCGACUUGUGAAUAUAUUAAAAACCACUCAAUCGUAUACUUUAGAAACUGUAUGGGGGCUUCUCUGGUGGUGCAGUGGUUGAGAAUCCGCCUGCCAAUGCAGGGGACACGGGUUCCAUCCCUGGUCUGGGAAGAUCCCACACGCCGCGGAGCAACUAAGCCCGUGUGCCACAACUACUGAGCCUGUGCUCUAGAGCCCAUGAGCCACAACUACUGAGCCUGUGUGCUGCAACUACUGAAGCCUGUGCGCCUAGAGCCUGUGCUCCACAAUGAGAGAAGCCACUGCAACAAGAAGCCUGCACACUGCAACGAAGAGUAGCCCCCGCUCGCCACAAUUAGAGAAAGCCCACAGGCA